UGUCAAGCAAUUAUGCGACCAUUUGGCCAUUUGUUGGCUCUGCAAAUCUUGAAAGCAAAUAUCUCUCGCAGAUCAGCUAAUGAUCAUCACGAUCAUUAGAGCCUGGCCAAUCGAUUUGCCUCAACCACGUAGCAUGCGUCUCUUCAAAACGCGCAAAUCCACGGACACCUACAGCACAUUACAGCAGCAGCAGCAGCAGCAACAGCAGCGGCCUCUUCCCGGAGACAGCAGCAGCAGCAGCAGCAACAUUUAUCCAAGCAACAGCAACACACGUGCAACAUGCAACAACCGAUUGAACAAGAGCAUUGUGAGCAGCACCGCGAUAUCCUCAUCUCUGCCUGAUCUGCACGACAAGUCGCCCGUGAUGAUCCUCAGCUGCACCACGCUGGCCAGCAAUGGGGCGGUGGCCACCGCAACGGCCACUGCAACAUCGGCCACAUCUGGCGGCAAUCUGCAACAGCAGCAGCAGCAGCAGCCGUUACGCACGGCCACGCCCACAUGUCUAUUAAGUGGACGCCAGACCCCAUCGGGCAUAUCGGUGAUGUCGCUACAAGAGGCCAACACCUUGCACCGUCAACAGCAUCAGCAGCAACAGCAGCAGCAGCCCACAAUCUAUGUGCCCAUGCCCCAAAAGUUGGGUAACUCGUCGGCCACACUCCUCCUCAGAUACGACAGCAGCAACAGCAUUGCCUCCAUCCAGCAGCAGCAACAGCAGCAGCAACAUCAUGCCGCCCAGUACCAGCAAUAUGUGGCACAGCGACUGCACGCGGCCUCCAGCAGCUGCCUGUACGAGAAGGGGGCGGUAGGAGGAGGAGCAGGAUCCGCAGGCAGCCACAGCAGAUCCCUGACGCCGAAUGGUCACCUGCCCGACUACAAACUGGUCACAGCCGUGCCUGUUGUUGUCCUGGACGAUGAGCAGAAGCCCGGAUCUAUUCCAGUACCCGAAAUGAGCCGCAAUAAAAACAGCAGCAGCAAUGACGUCAGCAGCAGCAGCAGCUCCACGACCGGCUCCCUCGCCAACACCACUCGGAACGUGUUCACCUGGGGCAAGCGCAUGAGUCGCAAACUGGAUCUGCUGAAGCGGAGCGAUUCCCCCGCGUCGCACAAGUCGCACACCGAUCUGCGCAGCCUCUUCCACUCGCCAACGCACCACAAGAGCAGCUCCGCCGGCCCGGGCUCCAGCUGCAGCUCGGCCAAGGCAUCCCCGUCACCCACUGGCGGCUAUCAGAGCAGCACUUUGAAGAAAUGCAAAUCGGGACCCAUUGAGACCAUCAAGCAGCGUCAGCACCAGAAUCAGAAUCAGCUCCAGCAACAGCAGCAGCAUCAGCAGAAUCAGUCUCCGCAGGAUGGCACCCAGAGCGCCCACUCCACGCCCACGCACCAGGCGCAUUACCAGGCGGCGGCACGCCCACAGAAGGCCCUGAAGAACUUCUUCCAUCGGAUCGGGUCGACGGGCAUGCUGAAUCAUCGCUCGCACAACCUUCUGAAGGCCUCGGAGGCGGCACAGCAGGCCGUCCCGGCAGCGACGACGCUAUACAGGAGCAGCUCCACCAGCCAGUUGUCCAGCUCCUCCUACAUCAAGUGCGACGAUCCCACCGAGGGCCUAAAUUUGCAGCGGGAGCAGAGGGAGCAGCGUGAGCAGAGACUUCCCCGCAUCGCCAGCCUCAAGUCCAGCAGCUGCGACGACAUCGCCAAGGUGAGCAGCUGCCUGACGGCCAGCAGCAGCAGCGGCAGUGCCGCCGUCAGCCUGGGCUCUCCUCCCAGUGGAGGAAGUGCAGCGGUAGGCACAGGGGCUGGGUCCGCAGCAUCAGCCGGCGGAUCCGGGGGCCAGCAGGAUGCCUCGCGUCGCGGGGCCUUUCCCUACGCCUUUCUGCGCUCCCGUCUCUCGGUUCUGCCGGAAGAGAACCACGGCUCGGGUGCGGGGCACCUGAAGCACCAGCAGCAGCAGAUGGAGCGGCGCGAGCAGCUGCACCAGGAGAUAGUCACCAUCCUCAGCAGGUCGCCGCUGCCCCACAGAAGCUCCCCCGAGCAGCAGAUGAGCAGAGCAGAUGUGUCGCGGAACGACAGCAUCACGUCCAAGGACUGGGAACCACUUUACCAAAGAUUAAGUAGUUGUCUGAGUUCGAACGAGUCCGGCUACGACAGCGACGGGGGUGUGGGCGGCGGCGUCCGGCCGGGCAAUAAUCUGAGCAUCUCCGGCGGAGAUACGGAAUCUAUUGCCUCCGGCACCCUCAAGCGCAACUCGUUAAUCUCGCUCAGCUCCUCGGAGGGCGUGGGCAUGGGAUCUGGAUCGGGAUCGGGAUUGGGAUCAGGUCUGCGGAACAGCAGCAUCUGCAGUGCUCCCGUUUCGCUGGGCGGCUACAACUACGACUACGAGACGGAGACGAUACGCCGCCGCUUCCGGCAGCUGAAGCUGGAGCGCAAGUGCCAGGAGGACUACAUCGGAAUCGUCCUCUCGCCCAAGACGGUGAUGACCAGCAGCAACGAGCAGCAGUAUCGGUAUCUCAUCGUGGAACUAGAGCCCUACGGCAUGGCCCAGAAGGAUGGUCGCCUUCGGCUGGGCGAUGAGAUUGUGAAUGUGAAUGGAAAGCAUUUGCGGGGCAUCCAGUCCUUUGCCGAGGUGCAGCGCCUGCUGAGCAUCUUCGUGGACAACUGCAUCGACCUGGUGAUAGCGCACGACGAGAUCACCACGGUCACCGACUUCUAUACCAAAAUCCGCAUCGAUGGGAUGAGCACACAACGCCACCGGCUGAGCUAUGUGCAGCGCACCCAGAGCACGGACAGCCUGACCAGCAUGCAAAGCCUCCAGCUGCAGCAGGAGGGCAGCAGGCGGGAGGACGGAGAGCGGCAAGGUGGCGAGGACCAGUGCGACGCCCGAUCGAUGGCCAGUGUGAGCACACUGCCCACGCCGAUGCCCCUGAUGCAGCACCGCCGCAGCUCCACGCCCCGCCACUCGCUGGACGUGAGUGCAUCCGAGCACGAGCUGCUGCGACGCCGGGCACGCAGCUCCUCAGGUCAGCGCUCUAGCUUGGUUCUAACACCGACACCGCUCUUUAACAGCCACGGACACGGCAGCAGCAGCAGCUGCUCCUCCUCCCCUAACCACCGGGCGAGCGAUAAUCCCGACGAGAACGUGUCCUACACGCCCGUCUACGCGAAUCGAGCGGCGAGCGUGUGCGUGGCCUCCUCGCUGGCGGACGACGAGAAGUGGCAGCUGCUGGCCCGCAAGAGGUGCUCGGAGGGCGCCGCUCUGCCACCACCCGGGUCUCCCGGUGCCCCCCAGCAGUUUGGCCAGCGCACCCAUUACGCCCGCAACUCCAUUAACUUGGCCAACUCGCAUUACCGCUCGCUGCGGUUCGCUCACUCGCGGCUCAGCUCCUCGCGGCUGAGCCUGUUCAUGCAGACGCCGCCUAACAAUCUAACCGAGGGAGUGGGAGUCCCCUCAAGCCCCCCAACAACAACAACAACAACUGAUCUCACUAAUACCCAGACGCAGCAGCAGCAGCAGCCGCAGCCGCAGCCGCAACAACACCAAUCACUAUACAUCAAGCACACGCCAAAGAGCGUCUCACUAUUCUCGCCUAAUCCAUAUGUUAAUGCCUCAUCCUCACCAGCCUCGGUAUCAGCGGCAGGAUUGGGAGCAGUAGUCAAUUCCGGCUCAUCUCUGGCACCGCCUGCCGCCGCACUAAUGCAUCAUCGUCCAUCGCUGCCGGUGGCCAAGCUAACCAUUCGCGACGAGGAAAUGGCCGAGGUCAUCCGAGCCUCCAUGAGCGAGGGCAGUGGUCGCUGUACACCCAAGAUCAUUACAUUCUUCAAGGGUCCAGGGCUGAAGUCCCUGGGCUUUAGCAUUGUGGGAGGACGCGACUCGCCCAAGGGGAACAUGGGCAUCUUUGUGAAGACAGUUUUUCCAUCGGGUCAGGCUGCGGACGAUGGCACCUUGCAAGCGGGCGAUGAGAUCGUGGAGAUCAAUGGCAACUCUGUGCAGGGCAUGAGUCACGCCGAAACCAUAGGGCUAUUCAAGAAUGUGCGAGAGGGCACCAUUGGGCUGAAGAUCUUGAGAAGAAAGCUGCAGAAAGCUAAAUCGAUGGGCACGUAGGGCAUGCACCCUGCCCUUCGAAUCACUAGUUGUUAGCUAAUCCGUGGAAUCCCAUACCUGGAAUACCUGAUUGUGGACAACCUGCUUUGUUUAACCAAGUUAAAUGUAAAUUUCAGCAAUUAAGUGAAGCCUUCUUUUUUUGUUAUCGUACAAAGAACUAUCCAUAUAGAUGACUCUUAUUUUGUAGGUACUAGAAUCCCAUAAACGUAGCAUGUAGGCAAUUGUAUGGAGUUACAAUCUAAAAUUAUUACUUACCAAGACUAUGCUAAGCUUCGAAACGUUGUACAAGUUCAUGAAUAUAAAUAUAUUUACUCUAUAAGCCGACAAUUAUUGGAGCUUCCCAUAUACCACAUCCU